ACACCGCCCCGCACCGGCGCAUGGUUAGUGGAGUUAGCCCCGCAAGAUGGCCGAUGAGGAGCCGAAGCGGCGGAUACCGCUGGUGCCGGAGAACUUGUUGAAGAAGAGGAAGGCCUACCAGGCCAUCAAGGCGACCCAGGCCAAGCAGGCGCUCCUCAACAAAGGGAAGCUCCAGAAAGGGAAGCAAAUACAGUUUAAACGCCUUGAGACUUUUGUUCGAGAUUCAUGGCGCAAACAGCGAGACAACAUUCGCUUGAGGCGCAUGGAGCAGAGACCUAGAGAAACAGCUGUACCUCCGGAGCACAAACUGGCCUUUGUGGUGCGGAUUGUAGAUAUUAAGGGAGUGAGCAAGAGGGUAAAAAGAGUGAUUGAGUUACUGCGACUGAGAAAAAAUUUCACCGGAACAUUUGUGAAGCUGAAUCCCUUAUCACUGAAGAUGCUACAGAUUGUGGAACCUUAUGUGGCAUGGGGGUACCCUAACCUGAAGUCUGUACGAGAGCUCAUCCUGAAACGAGGCCAAGCCAAGAUUAAGAGAAAGAGGUUGCCUCUGACAGACAAUAUGCUGAUAGAGAAGCAUUUAGGGAAUUGUGGUAUUAUUUGCCUUGAAGACCUUAUUCACGAAAUCUGCUCAGCUGGAAAGUAUUUCAGAAAAGUCACAAACUUUCUGUGGCCAUUCCAUUUGUCUGUGGCUCGCCAUGCUUCACGUAACAAAGUGGGUUUCCUGAAGGAAAUGGGAAAGCCUGGCUGCAGAGGUGAAGCAAUCAACAAGCUCAUACGUCAGCUGAACUAGUCAGAAGUGACCCUCAGGGUAAACUACUCAAGAAUGGAGGUCCCAUCAGUUACCAGCAAAUCCUACUGGACCACUCCCAUAAAGACUUGACUUCUCAGAGAUAGCAUUAAUGCAACUGGGUUUUUUUUUUCUUUCUUUCUUGUUCUGCAGGGUCAUUCUGAAAACUUAAAUUUAUACUCUGUUCCUUGUUAUGAGGUUUUCAUGGACAUUAUCUCUAUGCUGUGAUAUGACUGUUGGUGCCUCUAUAAAAAAAGAAAACAUACAGGUACACUGAUGGGGAUGGGCUGGCCCUACUUAAGGUAGAAGAAAAACUGUAUUUGGUACAAGGAAGAAGUGACUUGAACUUCGUGGAGCAAUCUCCACAAUCUGACUUGUGUAUGUAUGUAAAACAAGUGUGUUUUAUACUCAGUACUGCUGUCUCUGUACCACUUGCCUCCAGAUUUUACCUUUCCUAUAAAGGUGGUUGUCAGUUCCAGAUUUAAAUUUGUUAAAGUUGCACUCGAGUUGCAGUCACUGUUUUGAUCCUGUCCUACCCAGAGGAAGAGCUUGAAGUUGCACUCAUUGAGGUGUACCUCCCAGUCUAAAGGGAUAGUGCUGUCACCUAAGAAUAUUGCUGACAGGCAGAAGACAUCAGGUGUUUCUCUUUUAUUGCAGUUUAUAGAUUUGUAUUUAUUUUUAAAAGCCAUGGUUUUGUGUUACUGAUCUAAAAAGGCUGCCUUUUCACUCAGUUGGAACUGCUGGAAAGAGCUAUUUCCUGGUAUGAAAACCCAGAAACUUUGUAGCAGAGCAGCAAGAUACCUGUAAUCUGUUUUUUAAAUAAAACUUUUGAAAUCAGACUGUUCUA